AUGCCUCAGAUUGUCUGCCUGCUAUCCUGUCAGAUCUUGUCUAAUAUUGUCUGCCUGCCAUCCUGUCAGAUCAUGCCUCAGAUUGUCUGCCUGCUAUCCUGUCAGAUCUUGUCUAAUAUUGUCUGCCUGCCAUCCUGUCAGAUCUUGCCUCAGAUUGUCUGCCUGCCAUCCUGUCAGAUCUUGUCUAAUAUUGUCUGCCUGCCAUCCUGUCAGAUCAUGCCUCAGAUUGUCUGCCUGCUAUCCUAUCUUGCCUCAGAUUGUCUGCCUGCCAUCCUGUCAGAUCAUGCCUCAGAUUGUCUGCCUGCCAUCCUGUCAGAUCUUGCCUCAGAUUGUCUGCCUGCCAUCCUGUCAGAUCUUGCCUCAGAUGGUCUGCCUGCCAUCCUGUCAGAUAUUGCCUCAGAUUGUCUUCCUGCCAUCCAGUCAGAUCUUGCCUCAGAUCUUGUCUCAGAUUGUCUGCCUGCUAUCCUGUCAGAUCUUGUCUCAGAUUGUCUGCCUGCCAUCCUGUCAGAUUUUGCCUUAGAUUGUCUGCCUGCCAUCCUGUCAGAUCUUGCCUUAGAUCGUCUGCCUGCCAUCCUGUCAAUAAGAUCUUGCCUCAGAUUGUCUGCCUGCCAUCCUGUCAAUAACAUCUUGUCUCAGAUUGUCUGCCGGCCAUCCUGUCAGAUCUUGCCUCAGAUUGUCUGCCUGCCAUCCUGUCAAUAA